AUGAUUCACAUUGAUGCUGGCGCCAAGAUUGACGGCGACUUCCGGGGGGCUUGUGGUAUGACCUUUGCUCCUUUCCGGAUAAUUAUCGGGUAUCGUGAGCGCAUCACACCACACGCGCGCAUGCAAGACCAGCAACAGCAAAAUGAUCAUGCUAUGUUACCACUUGGAAUCGCAAACUUGGUGUUUACUAUGUCAUAUGAUAUCAGCGAUGAUGUUGAUAUAAAACCAAACACCGCGUCUCUCUCACCAAGGCCUAUACUAUCUCAACCCUCAGAGGAACCUAUCCGACCAAGUUAUCACCUACCCAUUGCCACCACAAAGCAAAGUUUUUCACUACAGUUUCCGAUAGCGAACUCGACUGCUUGCCAUAGCGACUAAGAUGCAUUACCGUUGGCAUAUACCACACCCCCAUUUGCACUUUCGACGCCAUCUAGACCAAUGGCUCGCAGAUGUGGCUGAAGUGUAUAGUCGGGCUGCAUAAAAAGACCAAGCUUUUUCCCCAAGCUUUCCGGCAAUAGCAUGAAGAGAGUAAGAGGAAAGUGAAACGAGACUGGGCGUUUGUGGAGCCCCUGGUAUGGGGGAGUUUGUUGAUGUGUUGUUGGGGAAAGGUAUUUGGAAUGGCCUGGACUAUGGCUGUGUGUUUUUGAUACCCAAUGCAUGUAGCCUCACGAAUUUUAUUGGUUGUAUUCUG